AUGAACGGCAAAAAUGCAAAAGUCCUUCGAGGAGAGGUCAUGGUCAUUCUACGCUUGAUAAUCGCACAAAUGAAGUCUGUCCGCUUUGUCGAGCAGUUCACUGCACCGGUCCUGCUUUACUCGUUUAUGGGCCCCCAACAUGCUCGGCUGAUCGAGGCGUAUUUUGACGGCAACUCGUUGAUAAUGCGUCCGACCCGCUUGUUUGACCUUCGCAAGAUGGAUGCAGAUGUUAUCAGAACAUUGGGCCAGUGGUUCUCCGGGCUGACAAUUGGAGACGCUACGAAACUGUGGGGGCCUGGAUCUCGGGCAUGCUCACAGACAUGA